AUCGAAACUCCCGCCAAUCCGCCCCAAACUCUCCCCUCCGCCGCCCGAACAGCUUCGCAAAUCCAUCUCAGUCACAAUGGCCGUCCGACCCAUCACUGGUAUGCUCCGACGAAACCUCGUCCUGGACCUCAGCAUCGCCCUCGGCACUGGCUUCGUCAUGGCCAACUUCUUCUGGUACGGCUUCCACGUGCCCCGAACCAACGCCCGCGACAACUUCUACAUCAAGCGCGAGGAGGAGCGGGCCGCUCAGAAGGACAACUAGAGAAAAGCGAACUAGGGCAUUUUCAGGGGCAAUGAGCAUGGUGUGCACUUAGAGCGAGGAGGAAACAACAGGCUCGUCAACGUUAUCCGUUUGUCGUGUAGCUGGGGUAGAGAGCAGCAGCAGAAUACCAAGGCUUCAUCUGAAACGGUCGCCGGACAAUCUGUAGUUAUAGGCAAGGGCAACCGAGUCGACAUGUGCUUUG